GUUUCGUACUGUUUCGGUUCCCAUAUAAUAGCCCACCUUUCUUAAAAGUCUUCUGUAUGCUCGCAAGCCUAUAUGUGUAUUUAGCAGCUAUUGCAGACCUUAUGGUUGAGUGAAUUGACUAUUGAGAGUAAAAAAUGAUAAAGAAAAAAAAUAGGGUUGGAGCUAAACAUGCGAAAAAGAUUUGAUUUGGAUGUUUUUGUAGGCUAAUUCUUAUACACAGUAUGUUCAUCCACUAUAGCAUGUAUUUGUAAUGAGUAUAAGUACAGUGGCAGUGGAAGAAAGCAUUACAUCAAUCUGUUUUCUGUGAUUCUAUCUUUAAAUGAGAUCCAAGCUCCUUGAAGACUUACUGGUGUGCUUCGGGUUGGUUCUAGUUCGUUAUGAUUCUUUUUGGAAGGACCAUAGAGUCCAUAUCUACUCUGUCAUCAAGGGCCAAACGAAUUGAAUUAACGAAAAUGGUGCCCUUUGAUACAAUUCCUCAGUGGCUUGAAGUACUUCUAGGCGAAAAGUUCUUCAAUUCAUGUCUGUUUCACAAAUAUGAGAAGAAAAAUGAAGAGAACACGUUUUGUUUGGACUGUUGCAUUUGUCUAUGCACUCACUGCUUGCCUUCUCACCAAAGUCAUCGUCUUCUACAGAUUAGAAGAUACGUUUAUCAAGAUGUUUUACGCGUGAAAGAUGCUGAGAAGUUAAUAGAUUGCUCACUUGUUCAAUCAUACACAACUAACAGUGCAAAAGUGGUGUUCUUGAACCAAAGGCCAAUAACAAGGCAUUUCAAAACCUCAGGCAACUUCUGUAACAUAUGUGACAGAAAUCUCCAAGAGCCUUACCUCUUCUGCUCCAUCUCUUGCAAGGUGCAUUACAUGGCCUGCAACUUAAAUAAACACCACCUAUCCAAUCAUGAUACUCCGCUACAUCUUGAAGAUGAUCAAAUGACACAAGAUUCAGUCCCUAAAUUGCCCAUUUCUCCGAGAACUUCAUCUGGUUCACGUUCAAGUGAGGCAACAAAAUCCAAGGCGACAACUGAAUCUGUAAAAAGGAAACGUAGUGACACUUUGGUUUCUCCAAAUGGUCACCGGUUAACAUCCUUAUGUUCGUCUGAAAUGACAUUUGCUAUGAAUAGACGAAAGGGUGUGCCCCAUAGGUCCCCUUUAUGUUAGAUUUGGAAAAUAUGAUUGUCUUUGAUAAUUUGAUUUGUGCGAGUUUUUCUAGAUAUGUCAUAUAAAGGAUAUAUAUAUAAUAAUAUAAUAUUU